GGCCAUCACCAUCACCCCGCCUUUGAGGCUCAAGAGCCAGCAGCAGCCCCGGCGGUUUUUUUAAAGAUAAACUUAAAGAAUUUAAACCAGCACAUGGACCAAUUUUCUAGUGAACCUGAACACCAGGACUUAAAUUCAAAGAAUUAAAGAACUGACUAAAAAAAAAAAAAAUCUGCAGUCAUAAAUUCCUUGAAAACCAUAGAGAAGACCUCACAAAACAAUGUCUUGUUCCCAGUGAAAUGGAUCCUUUCUUUAUCUACUGUCAAAAGACUGAAUUAGUGUUCUACUCAGCAAGACUCUUGACUCAGAUUUCGACUUGUCUUUAUUUUCCCUUAAUGAAAGGUGUCUGUGACUCUUUACCUUUGAAGAAAGAAGAAAAACAGAGAAGAAAAUCUACUCUUCAAGAGGCCCAAGGGCAGCAGUGAAAUAUCCUGGCAAGCUAGAAAGAAGGGUGGCAAGUCCAGUGUUCACUGGUGACUCUGUCAUAGAGACACAAAAGAGAAAUCAGCAUGCAACAAAAGACUGGCCUCAAUUUUCUACCAGUGACUGUCUAGAAAAGCCCCAAGGCUGCUUUCCCUUAGCAAAAGCCCUCAGCUCUCCAGACUGCCCUAAAUGCUGAACUCUGGCAGUCAGCUUCAACUUCUGUCUUCCAGUUCCCCUUCACACCAGUGCAAUGCAGGUGGCGGCCAUUGCAACCGAUGUGAUCCUGCUCCUCAGCAUGGGCUGGAGGUCUGAAUCUCUCUGCUCACCCACUGUGUUUUACAGAGACUGCUGGAUCCGACGCUUCCCGGGUCUCCUUGUUGACCUGGAGGAGUCUCAGAAGCUGGGAGCACAGCUCUUGAAAUACUAUUCUGAGAGCACUGGCCAGAAGUGUAGUAGGAGCUGCUGUCUCAGGAAAGAUGUGUCCUGUAACUUGGCUGUCUUCUUUCAUGACCCAAUUCACGACAGUGUCAACUGCCUCCACGUCCACUGCCCAGCACUAGAGAGCUGCAUACUGGAGCCUGGAACCAGUGCCAUUUUGUACAACAUAACAGAUGGUAUAGAUCCAGAUUUGCUGGUUUUUGGGCAAUCACCUUCUACAUAUCUAAAUACCCAUUCUGCUAAGUGGGACAAAUUGAAGAUUCUAAAAGCUAUGAAUUUAUAUGAUAUGAAACAAGCCACCAAAAUACAUCAUGUGCUGCCCUCAGUAGAGGCUCUGUCAUCAACCACACCUGAAGAUUUUGUUGUAAACACAAACCGUAGCAGAUAUCUCAAGGAAUUAGCGACAGAUUUGGCGGCAAGAUUCAUUUCCCUGAAUGACUCCAUUACCAGCAAGGCAAAUAUGGUGUCACCAAGUGCCAACUUCGUCAAAUAUCCAUAUAACAAGACUAUUUCUCCUUUCUUUGUGCCCACAGACACAAAAGUUCCUCACACGCAGGUUCCACUCCAACUUAACAGUAGCAAACAACCACUGAACAAAACCAAGGGCUACAACAACAGAAACCACAUGUCCGAGAAUGAUGAUGGGGCAGCAUAACUUCUGACAUCUGGCUGGCUUCUGUGGCCUUGUGCACCUCUGUCGUAUUUCUUUGCUGUUGUAUUCUUUGCUGUC